GAAAGACUGCAUAUGGGUCUGAGAUUCAAAUCCACAAGGAUGAAGAAGAUUGCUGUUCUAAUUCUUGCAUUCAGCUGCUGUCUGUGUGAAGUGCAAGUUAAUGAAAACGAUGACAAAGUCCAUCAGUGUGGAGGAUCAGCCAGUUGCUGUGAAAUCUACUCCCUCACUUCCAUAAGCAAAAACUUGGGAGCAGUGGAGGAGAAAAUCACAAACAUGGCAGAGAAAAUAACACUCCUGGAGACCAAGUUGCAAACCACUGAAAAAGAAGUCCUGGAUCUGCGGAGCCUUAUUGGAGGCAAGCCUCAGGUGGCCUUUUCUGCUGCUCUCAGGGAUUCUGGCAGUGGAAACAUUGGACCUUUCACCACUGCUACUGCACUGCAAUACAAGAAGGUCUUCUCAAACACUGGCAAUAGCUACAACCCUUCAACAGGCAUUUUCACGGCAUUGGUUAAAGGAAUGUACUUCUUUCGAUUCACAAUGUACGCCACCUACAGUCCUCCCCCCAACGCUGUCGUGAGCCUCAUGAAGAACGGUCAGCAGCUGGUAUCUGUCUGGGACGUCGCAACGUCUGACACCAACGACACAGGCAGCAAUGCUGUGGUCAUCCCCCUUGAGGUGGGAGACAAUGUGUAUGUCAAGCUCCAUGAAAACAGGCUUGUCUAUGAUGAUGGGGCGAACUACAACACCUUCAGUGGUUUUCUACUCUUCACCAUGUAAUUUAGACAACAUAAUUUCAGGUCUGCAUAGCUCUCCAUGCUUUCAUAGUACAGAAAUAUCUCACUUGAUUCAUUCUGCUAUCUGGUAGCUUGGAAAGUGGAAUCUGUGACACUAUCUGCUGUGUAUUUAGCUGAACAAACAGCAAACUGGGAGAUGUGCAUUUUAUGAGGCACUGUAUUAAUCACUUCUGGGUAUCAAAAUAAAUAUCAGUCUUAAAAGUGCAA